AUGUCCGCUACCACCGCUCGUGCGGACCCUUUUCGCCCGGCGAAACGGGUCGCUGGUCAAAGACAGGAUGUCUGGUAUGGGGAUAAACCCGCUGCGGCUUCCCCCGUUCAGCCUAUCGUGAACAUGGGCCAGGGGUUCUUUGGCUAUAACCCUCCCCAGUUUGCGAUUGACGCCGCAAAAGAGGCUCUCGACAAAGUUGAAUGUAACCAGUACUCCCCAACCAAGGGUCGUCCUCGCCUUAAGCAAGCUAUUGCGGAUGCGUAUUCUCCGUCGUUUGGCCGAAAGCUCAACCCGGAUACUGAGGUUACAAUCACCACAGGUGCAAAUGAAGGAAUGCUAAGUGCUUUUAUGGGUUUUAUUGAGCCUGGCGAUGAGGUUAUUAUCUUUGAACCUUUCUUUGAUCAAUACAUCAGCAACAUUGAAAUGCCCGGUGGUACCAUUCGAUAUGUCCCCCUUCACCCUCCCAAGGAUGGAGCUACAAGGACUUCCCCAGCUUCAGAAUGGUCUAUAGACUUCGAAGAGUUGGAAAAGACUAUCAAUCCCAAGACCAGAAUGAUUCAGAUUACUAAUGGCCACAACAGCCACAACCCUGUAGGAAAGGUCUUCUCUCGUGAUGAGCUUGAGAAAAUCGGCGAGCUCUGUAUCAAGCACAAUCUCAUCAUUCUUUCUGAUGAGGUCUACGACCGUCUCUACUAUGUUCCCUUUACCAGGAUCGCUACACUGUCGCCUGAGCUCUAUGAGCGGACUCUCACCGUGGGCUCGGCUGGGAAGGCCUUCUAUGCUACUGGCUGGCGGGUGGGUUACCUCAUUGGCCCUGAGCAUCUGAUCAAGUACGUGGCUGGUGCACACACUCGAAUCUGCUACAGUAGCGUGUCUCCCCUCCAAGAAGCUGCAGCUGUUGCUUUUGAGCAAGCCGACAAGGCUGGCUUUUGGGAUGAGAGCCGCACCGAAAUGAAGAAGAAGAUGGAGCGCUUCUGUGAGGUAUUUGAUGAGCUUAACAUUCCGUACUCUGACCCCGAGGGUGGCUAUUUUGUUCUCGCAAACAUGUCUUCAGUCAAGCUGCCGGAAGGUUACCCAUUCCCUCCUCAUGUUGCAAGCCGCCCCCGCGACUUCAAGCUUUGCUGGUUCCUCAUUCAUGAGGUUGGCGUUGCGGCCAUUCCUCCAACCGAGUUCUACACUGACGCCAAUGCCCACAUUGCGGAGGAUUAUCUCCGGUUUGCCGUAUGCAAGAAUGAUGAUGUUUUGGAGACCGCCAAGGAGAGGCUGCGCGGUCUGAAGAAGUAUAUUGUACAGUGA